AUGAGUUCAGUCACUCCAUACAACAUUGCCGUCUCGGACGAGAAGCUCCAGCAGCUUCACCAGAAGCUUGAGAACGCCAGCUUCCCUGACGAGCUCGAUGCUUCCGGCUGGGAUAUGGGAGUUCCACUGCAAGAUAUCAAAAGACUGGUCGGCGUAUGGCGCGAGAAAUAUGAUUGGCGCGCACAAGAGGCGAAGCUGAAUGAACAACUCACGCAAUUCACUGUCCGGAUAGAAGUGGAUGGCUUCGGGGAGCUUGAUAUACAUACUGUGCAUCAUCGGAGCGGACAUUCGAAAGCAGUUCCAUUGCUAUUCAUCCAUGGCUGGCCUGGCAGCUUCCUUGAAUCCACCAAGCUGAUCCCACUGCUCACCAAGAACGACGGGGAUGGUCCCGCAUUCGAUGUUGUAGCGCCUUCGUUGCCCAAUUUUGGAUUCUCACAGGGGGUGAAGAAGGUAUAUCAAUUCCCUUCUAUGAACGCUGUCAAAUACAUCCUGACAAUCAAACCAGAGAGGGCUACGAAGAAUACGGCAAGACUCAUCUGUCUCUACGAAAGUGAACCAGCUAAUCCCCAAGCAGUGAUCCAAGGAGGCGACUGGGGCAGCAUGAUCGCUCGCACCAUGUCUCAAUUCUAUCCUCAACACACCCAAGCCAUCCACCUGAACUUCAUCCCCGUCGUUCCGCCCUACCCAUGGCGAAGUCCAUUCCAGUUCUUCAAAUCAGUGCUAUCUGUGCCUUUCUCGGCAAAAGACCGUGCUUUCAUCGCCCGGACAGUGGGAUAUAUCACUCACGGCAACGCAUACAUGAAGCAGCAAGAAACUCGACCCCAGACUUUGGGAUACGGGCUCCACGAUAGUCCCGUCGGAUUACUGGCCUGGAUCUACGACAAAAUGCACACUUGGACUGACAAGUACCCCUGGACGGACGAGGAGAUCCUGACCUGGGUGAGCGUAUACUAUUUCUCCACCGCUGGCCCAAUGGCGUCCACGAGGAUCUAUCACGAGGCUUCAGCGCCAAAGCGCGAUGACAAUGAGGCUAAGGGAGACUUGAAAUACAUGGCGCUCGACAAAGUCCUCGCGGUUACAGCACCACACAAUGUGCGCUUCGCAGUGGCGCAAUUCCGAGAGGAGAUUAUUCAGUGGCCUAUGCCUUGGUACCGGGCUAUUGGAAAUGUCGUGCAGGAAACCGAGUUUGAUCGUGGUGGCCAUUUUGCAGCUUGGGAAGUGCCUGAGUUGCUCGCGGCGGAUUUGAAGAAGUUCCUGGGCAAUAAGGGACCGGCUUAUGGAGCAGUAACUGACCGAGAUGGGUAUUAA